AUGACAGAUUUGGAACGUAAACAACUCCAAUUAGCUCUAAAUGGAUUAAAAUCAAAACAUAUAGAUAAUGUUUCAAUAUGGGAUUUACACACACUUGUACAUUAUCCAAAUUCUGCUGUAGCUGCGCAUUGGGGUCCAGCAUUUUUGCCUUGGCAUAGAGAAUUUUUAAGACAAUUUGAAAUUACUCUACAAAAUGAACAGCCAGAAUUAAUUGGAAUACCUUUUUGGGACUCUACUUUAGAUCAUGGACUUCCUGAUCCUUCUGACAGCGUUCUUUGGUCUGAAGAAUUAAUGGGUAAUGGAAAUGGUUUUGUGAAAAAUGGGCCUUUUAAGGAUUGGAAUACUAAUGUAUUGAUGCCUCUAAGUCCAGUACCUAUCCAAAGAUUAUAUAGGUCUACUGGUGGAAGAAGUUCUGACAGAUUAAUGUCUCCAAAAGAUGUUGAAUGGAUUACAACUCGAAAAAAUUUUAGUCAAUUAACUUUUUGUCAUGACAAAACAUUUGAAUCUAUGCAUGGACUGUCUCAUGUUUGGGUUGGCGGCUUUAUGUUUGUUAUUCGAGUAUCCCCAAAUGACCCAACCUUUUAUUUUCAUCACGCUUUUAUUGAUUAUUUAUGGGAACAAUUUAGACUACAAAAUCAGGAUAGAUAUCAGAGAGAAAAUGAUUAUGCAAUUGUAAGAGGUUUUUUAAAUAAAUAUUCUGAUUUUUGA